AUGAAGAUAAUUCGAAACGCGUUUAAAUUAUUAAAACAAAAUAAAAUUUAUACAUCAAAACAGUUGUCCGCAUAUAUAUCGAAUAAUUUACGACCAUCAAGCAAUGUAACUGAUAAUACAAUAAUUGAUGAUGGUGUUGACAAUGAAUCAGAUACAAGUAGUAGUAGUGGAAACGAAGACAAUGAUUAUUAUGGUGAGGAUGAUGAAAGUGAAAAUAUUUCGGAAGGUGAAGAUGAUGACAAAAUAUCACUGAAUCAUUUUGUGCAAGUGAGAAAUACAACAUUUUCAGGUAUGAGAGUAGUCGAAUCUGUCCCACCCGGUGCCGAAAACUCAUAA